AUGACUUUCUAAGAGAUAACUUUGGGAUUUUAACCAUCGACCUUGAGCUCAAUACGAAAAGAUAAAACUCAUUCGCAACCAUGGCCGAAGGAAUUGAUAGAAAGAUGGAUGAUCGCAUGGAGUUUACAACUUCUGCAGAUGUUACUGUUGCGCCAACUUUCCAGGACAUGCAUCUGAAGGAGAAUUUACUCCGUGGUAUCUACGCAUAUGGUUACGAAUCUCCUUCAGCUGUUCAAUCCCGUGCGAUUGUUCAAAUCUGCAAAGGUCGCGAUACUAUUGCUCAAGCCCAAUCUGGUACUGGUAAAACUGCAACCUUCUCUAUCAGUAUGCUUCAAGUCAUCGAUACAGCUGUCCGCGAAACUCAAGCCUUGGUCCUAUCACCUACUCGAGAACUUGCGACUCAAAUUCAGUCCGUUGUUAUGGCUUUGGGAGACUAUAUGAAUGUACAAUGUCACGCUUGUAUUGGGGGUACCAACGUUGGAGAGGAUAUCCGCAAGCUGGAUUACGGACAACAUAUUGUUUCUGGAACACCAGGUCGUGUUGCUGAUAUGAUUCGUCGACGAAAUCUUCGCACUCGUCAUAUCAAGAUGUUGGUUCUUGAUGAAGCGGAUGAGUUGUUAAACCGUGGAUUCAGGGAGCAGAUUUACGAUGUCUACCGUUACCUCCCACCUGCGACACAAGUCGUUGUCGUUUCCGCUACCCUCCCAUACGAUGUUCUCGACAUGACUACGAAAUUUAUGACCGACCCUGUCCGUAUUCUUGUCAAGCGUGAUGAGUUGACUUUGGAAGGUUUGAAACAAUACUUUAUUGCUGUGGAGAAAGAAGAUUGGAAAUUCGACACACUUUGCGAUCUAUACGACACCCUCACUAUUACUCAAGCCGUCAUUUUUUGCAACACAAGAAGAAAGGUUGAUUGGUUGACCGAUAAGAUGCGCGAGGCCAACUUUACCGUAUCUUCUAUGCACGGAGAGAUGCCUCAGAAGGAAAGAGAUAGCAUUAUGCAAGAUUUCCGCCAAGGAAAUUCUAGAGUGUUGAUCUCUACGGAUGUUUGGGCUCGUGGAAUUGAUGUUCAACAAGUUUCAUUGGUCAUCAAUUAUGACUUACCAGUUAACCGUGAGAACUAUAUUCAUCGCAUUGGUCGAAGUGGUAGAUUCGGAAGAAAGGGUGUUGCGAUCAAUUUCGUGACCAGUGAAGACGUUAGGAUUUUGAGAGAUAUUGAGUUGUACUACUCUACUCAAAUCGAUGAGAUGCCAAUGAAUGUUGCGGAUCUCCUUACUUAAUUUGUUUAGCCUGAUUUGGUCGAGGUAACAUAAAUGAAGAAAACGACGGUGCUUCAUAAGCACGUCAAGAAAACAACUUGCGUGGAGGAAACGGGACAUGUCCAAUAAAAAAACAGAUUGACACAAAUUCACAAGCAAUCCCCUCCAAUGAAUGACAAGAGGGAAGCUUUUAGAUGAGGCACGAAUUCCAAGUUUUACUAAUUUCGAUGUAAUCAAUAUGGAUAUUACUAUACUUCGCUCCCUCCUUGGGGGUUGUUCGUCUCCUGAUAGAUCUGAAGGAAUGGUCACGAACGUUGCGAAUGCUCUGCCCAGUGGUCUCUAACAUGAAGCCAACAAGGAGCCGGGGACAAUUUUUUGUUAGUUGCGUGUAGCAAUCUGGGGUCGGCCCAAAAUAGUUGACCAUGAAGGAAUCAUCCAUCAUCCCACCAACAUGGGCCGAUGGGCCGAUGGGACACCGACUUAGCACACAUCUCCCCUCUUCUUGCCUACCUGCCUAAUGGUUGUAUUAUCGCGCCGCUCCUACACGUAUGAAUUGCAUAUGAUGCAUGUGACGAUGCACCCUCUAUCCUACACAGCCUAACGUGAAGCGUACAAACAUAAACUGCAUUGAACUGGCGGUUUGAGUGAAAGUGACUGUUUCACGGGUUACAAACAAUUUAAAAUGACGAUGAUGAACACGGGAAUCCAAAAGCUUUAAGACGUCGAGUAGAAUGGAGAAUGUUUGAUUUAUGUGUUCAUUUCCUGUAACACUCCAAAUGGGUAUACCCUAGUUUGGCGGUCGCUGCUGUGGACGGAUUUCGUGCAUGUAAUGACUUGGCAAUUUCGGUCUUCAUGGGUUGG